AAAUUUAAAGCGGUCAGCGUGUUGGUAGAGGAGUAUAAAUAAGUCCACAGUGGAAUCACUCGGCAGUGUAUUUUUGCGAAAACAAGACAACACACCAAAAUGAGAGCAUUCGCAGUGGUAGCCGUGCUGCUGGUGGCCUACGCCCAGGCUGACGUCACCGAGCUGACACAAGCCCAGGUGGACGCGCUGUCUGCGGAGGAACUCCAGGCCAUCACCCAGGAGCAGUGGGGCAUCAUCUCCUCCAGGUGGUGCAGUCCUCUCUUCGCCAGCUACGCCAAGUCCCAGUACCUGCCGGACCGCACCAACUGCCACUACUACUACGAGUGCGUGGGCUACAAGGCGGUGAGGAUGGAGUGUGCCGCCAACCUCUACUGGAACACCAAGCUGAGCACGUGCGACUUCCCGUACCGCGCGGGCUGCAGCUACGGCAGCGCCGCCCAGCCCGCCCAGAUCCAGCCGGCCAAGCCCGCCCAGAGCCAGCCGGCCAAGCCCGCCCAGGGCCAGCAGGCCGUGCCCAACCAGCACCUGCCCAUCCAGCCGGCCGGCACCAACGACAACGGCGCCAUCGAGAUCCCCAUCGCCAACAACCCCGUCGUCGUCGACCCGUACAAGCAGUAACACCCGCUUGACAAUUCGUGGUUUUAUUUAUUAACUAAGAUCCUGUUAAGUUUAUACUUGAUAUCUUACUAAUGUAUACACUAUGCAAAAUAAAACCAAUGUAAAUUCGUCUUGCUAAA